AUGCUAGAGGACACUUUGGGAAGUACUUCUUUCAAUACAACCUUGAAAGAAGAGCCUGAUAAUCAAGAGGACUACGGUUAUACUGAAUAUCCAGACACAAGUGAUGAAGAAACCGAGCUUGUUGACUUGAAAUCCCAAACCGAAGGUGAACUGUCAAGCCUAAGAGAGGAUGUGGCAGCUUGGGCUGUAGAAACAAAGCAGACUCACAGUAGUGUUAAUAAAAGGUCACAUUAA